AUGCACAGUAUUCACACAUACACCACACACACCAUUCACACACACCAACACAUCACACACCACUCACACACCCCGCACUCCCCCACCAUUCACAGCAACAUACAUACACACCAUCCGCAAUCACACCAACACACCACACACACCACUCACACCACAACACAUACACACCAUUCACACACACACCACACAUGGACACACCACACACACACCACCCACACCACUCACAUCAACACAUACACAGCAUUCACACACACCACACACACACAACUCACAUACACCACACAUCAUUCACAAACAAUACACGUUGCUCACACACCACACCACUCAUAUACAUACACCCCCACACAGCACACACACCACAAACCACACACGCACACACCAUUCACAUCAAUAAACACACCAUACAUACACCACACACAUGCACCGCUCACAGAAAUCUCACCACACAAACCACUCAAACCAACAUACGCACCAACACACACACACCACAAACACACAUCACACUACUCACACACAUACCACAGACACCUCUCUCACACCACACACACACCACAUACACACAAACCACACACACAGCCCACCCCAGACCUGACAGGGAACAGCCUCCUCCUCGCUGAUAGUAGGAAGACCUCCCCGAGGUCAGGAAGCAGUGUCUAUUCAUUUGUCAUAUGGAAUCACCACACCCUUCAGUGA